GGAGAGGUGAGGAGGGCUAUGGAGGGGAUUGGGGGGAGUAGUCCGCGGUGGUGGGCUUGGGUAUUGUUGGUUGUGCCGCCGGUGGGGGUUGGGGUUGGGGUUUGGAAUGUGGUGGUGAAUUAUUUGGGGAUGAGGAGGUGGGAGGGGAGGGUUAGGGAGGAGAAGGCUAAGCUUUAGUGUGUGUAGAUGUGGUUGUGUUGUGCAUUCACUGUAUCUAUUACUUCUGUAGCGAUGUUUACAUGGUGUUUUUUUCGGGUUGACUUCUACCUCGUCCUACUCAAACCAUCAUGGCUUGUCCCUGCUGGGUUGGAGAUAUCACUAUCCAAGGCCUGGAAACUGAAAGACCUCGUUUGGUUCGUAGUGUGUCGACUGCUGAGCCGCGUUCACCCUUGCCCAGGAGCGUCAGCCGGAUGAACCUCGCCGCGAACGAGUACAAGCUCCAAAGCAGCUCUGAGAAGACGCGCGGCACAGACUCAAAAGGAAUACUGAGACAGCCGACGACCAAAUUCCCAUUCGAAGACAAGCAAUACCUCCGACCACACAUCACGAAGAGACCGCCGGAUCGUUUGCGCGCUGAGAUUGGAGUCGAUUCCGAAGUCCCAGCUUCUGAUGUCAUCAAGGUCCACGCUUAUAGACGACGAGGAAUCCCUGUGAAGCAGGAUCAAGAUUUGAGUCUGGUGUUUGACAAAGCUCCGAUCAAGAAAGGCGAUGUGGUUGUUGGAAAGACGUUUGCGGAGUCGAGUUUGGCGCGUCGUGAUAAUCGUGAUACCAGGGAGAAUAAGAAGAAUAAUGCACCCAAGAGAGAAGCCAAGUCGCCAGAGUGGUGAGCGCGUUGGCGGGGUGAAACCGGACGAGGGAAUAGCAGCGAUUGAUAAUAACCAUACGAGGCGAUGGCUUAUUUGUGCUUGCGCUUCUUUUGCGCACUGUUUCCAGACAACCCUCCACGACCUCCUC